AAUUUAGAAACUGUUCAAGUCAAUUCGCUAUUUUCAGAUGUAUCUCCUCAUCCUCCUGUUGACUCUCUGUGCAUUCAUCGCAGCAGCUCCAGAAAUGGAACGCUACUGACGCACUCGUUCCUCCGCAUCCGAAGUUCGGCGUAUUCUGCACUGGAGGAACAUCUACCGGAAGUGGAGGGUACCAGUAUGGUUACGGUUACAGAUACAGAUAUAGAUAUGUAUAUGGGCCGUACUAUGGAUACAGACCGUACGUCUAUAGUCCAUACGGAUAUAGACGUUAUGGAUAUGGACCCUACGGCUAUUAUGGAUAAGAGCGACUCAGCAUUGUCGAAGUUUUUACAACAUAACUUUGAUAGUUGUAAUAAUUUUCGCGUGGCAGUUUAA